AUGAGCGAUACUAGGGUUUUGAGUGAGGGUGAGGCUAGGGUUUUGAGUGGUGGAGAUCAGGAUGCUAGGAUGGAGGAGGCUGGUGGGGGGAGCAGGCCGCCUGGAGACCCACCAGAUGCACCAGGGUCGUGGGUUCAGAAGGUGACAGGAAGUUGUGGGGGAGGGAUGUUGCGACCAGAGGAUGUGUUGGAUGAUGACUUUGUUACAACAAGGGUGCGGUUGGAGUUUCCGAAUGGUGUGGCUGGGGAACCGGUUGUCACUAUCGGAGAGGAUGUUUUGGAGGCGAUGAAUGGUUUGUGGAAGCAGUGUAUGAUUGUCAAGGUGCUCGGGCGAUCUGUGCCGGUGGCUGUUCUACAUCGACGCCUCCGUGAGUUAUGGAAACCUAGUCGUGAGAUGUUUGUUAUGGAUCUGCCCCAUCAGUUCUUUAUGGUUUGGUUUGAGUCUGAGGAAGAUUACAUGGCGGCUUUGACAGGAGGACCUUGGACGAUAUUUGGUAGUUAUCUCUUAGUCCAAGCUUGGUCGCCGGAUUUUGAUCCACUAAGAGAUAAGAUCACCACUACGCCGGUGUGGGUUCGGUUAUCUAAUAUCCCAUUGAACUUUUAUCAUCGAUCCAUUUUGAUGGCGAUUGCCAAGGGUUUAGGGAAACCGCUUAAGGUUGAUCUUAUCACGUCGAAUUUGGAAAGGGCGCGGUUUGCUCGGAUUUGUGUGGAAGUAGACUUGAAGAAUCCGCUCAAAGGGACAGUAUUGAUUAAUGGUGAACGGUACUAUGUUUCGUAUGAGGGCCUUUCGACCAUUUGCUCCUCAUGUGGUUUGUAUGGUCAUUAA